UUAUUGCUAGUAUCACGACCAGAACAACUAUUAGACUAGAGCCGGACGGUAGAGGUGUCCUUUCGAUCGCGUAUACUAGUAGACGGGGGCAACAUUCGCGUUCGACCAUCUUCGCAAUCGGCUCUGCGGGAAAGUUUGGGAACCGCAUUCUAAAUUACCAGCUGAUCGCUGUGCGACGGGAUUGCCCAUACACCGGUUCAUCAGACCGUUUCUGUUGACGGGUCCGAAAGACGAGGGAAAAAAACAACAACACUGCCUAACGCACGAUGCUGUCCUCAAUACUACUAGCUGUGGUCGCCUCGACCAUAGUAACGGCUCAUACAGUCAUUACCUAUCCCGGAUGGCGGGGAGAUAAUCUCAUCGAGAACACCACAUUUCCUUACGGCAUGCAAUGGACUUAUCCAUGUGGCGGUAUGCCCUUAACGACGAAUAGGUCGUACUGGCCAACCACGGGUGGCGCCGUUGCGUUUCAACCAGGCUGGUUUCAAGGUCAUCAGACGGCAUUCCUAUACAUCAAUCUCGGAUUCGGCACGGACGGACCUGACAACGGGCCAAAAAAUCUGUCGUUCCCCAUGAUCGCUCCUUUCCAACUUCUCGGUCCCUCGAAAGGUCCGUAUCCCGGGACGGUUUGUCUGCCCCAGGUCCCCCUCCCUGCGAACAUGAGUUUCAACGCCGGGGACAACGCGACUAUACAAGUUGUCGAGAUAGCGCAGCACGGGGCCGCUCUAUUUUCGUGUUCGGAUAUUACAUUCGCUGAACCCGGAGACGAGAGGAUCGCUAAAGUUAACGGGUCUAACUGUUAUAACAGUACAGACCUCGGAUUCGCUGAGAUAUACACCGUUACGACGCAAGAGAUGGAUUCGGCGGCGAACGUGAGUACUAGCAGCGCCUCUGGUCUUUGGAAUCACAGUCCUGCAACGUGGAGCUGGCUAGGCUACUUCCCGAUAUUUAUGUGUGCUCUGGGGUUUUUACUGUAGGUUCUAGGGAGUGCAGAAAUUUACGACAACGAAGGAAAAUGAACAAGGCAGGUGAAACAAUUUUUUUUUUUUUUUUGGAUUGUAACACCUUGUAUCUGUAUAUACCGCGUGGCAUCUAGGACUGGCGUAUAAGGUGGGCGGCUGAGCGUUUUUUGGGUACUGGUGAGCGAUUUUUCAUGCUGACCGGGCCUUAUAAUUUUCGGGAGACAGGAUUAAAAUUUCUAUCCCACUAUACCAUUUAUCAUCCCAAGAUGCAAAUUUUAUAGAUCUUUAAAUCGUCUCGAGGAUCAAUAGAUACCCUCUUAAGUAAAUUGGAUCCUUAUAAGGACCCCGCUGCUAUUCAUUAAGUACAUUUGGUUCCGUAGAUGGAAUUAAGACAUGAAAAGGGGAAGGGCAUGGG